UCAGUUAAAUCUUGACAAUAGUUUUCGUAGAAUAGAGUGUUAAUCGAAAUCGUUCGAAACGGUUAUAAUUAAAAGUUCUGAAAUGUCCCAAUCCCAAUCCCAUGAUAGUCGAAAUUCUUUUUCACGAAAUCUUUACGAUGUUGUUGCCAGACAUGCUGUGGGCAGUUGCCAAUCGCAGGGUGUAAAUAUGGUCAUAUCGCCGGCAUCCAUACAGAGUUGUUUCACCUUGGCUUUUAUGGGAGCUGCUGGCUCCACUGCCGAUGAAUUGCGUCGUGGCUUGAAUCUGGGUCUGGGCGAUAAAUAUAACAUAGCCCGUGCUUUUGGGGAAUUCUGGACAACCAAUUGCAAUUAUGGCGAAAAGGGACCCAUACUCAAGUCUCUCAAUUCAUUGUAUGUCAACAAUACAUUGAGUUUGCAACCAGAAUUCAAUGAUCUGGCCAAAGAUUUCUUUAGAGCCAAGGCAGAAUCGGUUAAUUUUGCCGAUGCUUUGGCUGUUAUAAAGCAAAUUAAUCUUUGGGUAGAACAACAAACAGAUGGCAAAAUCAAGGACUUAUUGCAACCGGAUGUGGUCAAUAUGGAAACGAGUGCCAUAUUGAUUAAUGCUUUGUAUUUCAAAGGCAAAUGGCUAAAACCCUUUACACCAGAGACGACGUUACGUGAUGAUUUCUAUGUGGAUUUGGGCCAGAGGGUUGACGUUGAUAUGAUGUAUCAGGAGGAUAAAUUCAAAUAUGUUGAAUUACCCGAACUAAAGGCACGAGCCGUACAAUUGCCCUAUGAGAAUUCGGAUAUAUCUAUGCUAAUAAUCUUACCAAAUGACAUAUCUGGAUUAUCAAGUUUGGAAAAGAUGUUGAAAACUGUACAUUUGCCAGAUAUUGAGCAAAGAAUGUCCAUGGAGGAUGUGGAAAUAGCCAUGCCAAAGUUUACCAUAGAAUUUGAUCUCGAUCUAAAGGACAUAUUGAAGAAGCUGGGCAUACUGGAAAUAUUUGGCAAUAAGGCAAACCUUAGUUUAUUAUUUGCCACCAAGAAACCACAAAGGAUAUCAGCAGCCAAACAUCGUGGCUAUAUUGCUGUCAAUGAGGCGGGCUCUGAGGCGGCAGCUGUCACUUUUAUGAAAAUUGUGCCCAUGAUGUUGAACAUGAAUAAGAAAUCAUUCAAAGUGGAUCAUCCAUUCGUUUUCUAUAUACGCAACAAUCAGGCUGUAUUCUUUGCUGGCCGAUAUGUUAUGCCCGGCGAACAUAGAGUAUCGGCAAUCAUCAAAGAGGAAUGCGGGGGAGCUGCCAACGAUAGUUUACACGCAUCGAAUAAUACUCUAUAUAGUAAGGCCACCAAAUCGGUUAAGUCAGCUAAAUAAAAAUAAGAUGAACGAAAACAAAGUAAAACAAAA